AUGACUUACCAAACUAUAAGAAAAACAUUUUUAAUACCAACAAAAAGAAUUACACAAUUUGGAAGAACAACGUAUCAUCUAAAUCAACCACAAAUUAGAUUAAUUCAAACAAUUGAAGGAACGAAAUAUGUUGGAGUAUCAUUUUCAUCUUCAUAUUCAGCAAAUAAAAUUAUUCUUGAAGCACAAAAACAAAUGUUAGUAGAUGAAGAAGGAGAAAAAUUAUUUUGUUUAUAUAAUUUACCAUUUUAUUUUGAUGAUCAAACAGAAGUAUUAAAUAGAAAUACAAAUACAUUUUAUUUAUUUUGUUUAACAUAUGGAUAUUCUCCUGUUUAUGAAAUAUUAAAUAAAAAAUAUUGUAAAGAAUAUAAACCAAUUGAGGUUUUUCUUCAAUAUUUAAAAACAUAUCAAAUUAAUUAUGAAAUUAUUGGAUUUGAAUAUCUUACUGUUUUAAAAUCAAUACCAGAAGAAUGUAGAGAUUUUAGAAGUUCAUUAGCACGUGUUAGACAAGAAGAAUUUGAAUGGGCAACAAAUAAUUUUGAUAAAAAAAUUCUUGAAGAGAAUGAAUAUGUUUAUAUAGAAUCAGAACCUCCUAUUACAGAAUUUAAUUUAGAUAAAAUUCGAAUUAAUGGAAGAUAUGGAACUGAUAUGUCAAUGAAAACUAUUGUUCAUUUACCAUCUGAUUCAAUUGAAGAAGUUAUUAAUAAUUUAUUUACUAAAUUACAUACUAUGAAACCUUCUAUAUUUAAUGAAAAUGCACAGCCAUCAGAUUUUGUUUUAAAAGUUAGAGGAUUUAAUGAAUUUAUUAUUCCUUAUAAACGUGAUGGAAGUAAAUAUUGUUUAAGUGAUUUUGAUUAUAUUAGAAAAUGUAUUCAUCUUAAAUUACCUAUUGAUGUAGUUUUAUUUAAUAGAGAAAAUAUGCACCAUAAUUUAUGGAAUGAAAAUACUAUUAAAAUGAUGAAAUAUUUUGAUCAAUUUGUUGGAAAUAAUAAUUGGAAUCUUAUUCAAGAUGAAACUCGUUGUCUUUCUCAAAGAGAAUGUCAAACUCCUGUUUGUAUUCAAAUUAUUUCAGCAGAAAGAAUUAAACAUUAUAAAAUAACUAAAUUAAAAGAUGACAGUGAAAUAGUAAAUCUUGAAGAAGAUUUAAAAAUUUAUAUUACCGGUUCAUUACAUUAUGGAACUCGUUUAUUAGUUAGACAAGAAUUUACACCAGUAUAUCAAAUUAAAGAAGGUAAAUUACAUUUAGAUUCUCCUAUAAUGAUGACAUUUAAUAUACUCAUAUCAACUCUUCCUAAAGAAACAAGAUUAACAUUAUCAAUUUAUAUGACAGAUUCCCCUAUUAAUUUACAAGUAUUCGAAAUUAAUAAAAAAGACAUUUGUUUGGCAACUAUUAAUUGUAAAUUAGUUGAUUAUAAUGGUUAUUUUAUGAAAGGAUUAUUUAAUGUUGGAAUGUGGGAAAGAACUGAACCAAAUCCUAUUAUGAUGUGUUGUGAAAAUACUUCUUCAAACACCUGUAAAUUACAUUAUCGAAUGAUAGAAUUUAAUAAACCUGUUAAAAUGAAUACAUUUAUUGCAAAUGAACAAGAGUUAAAUACUAACAUAACAGGUUCUGUUAAGAUUGAUUCUGAACAUACACUAAGAUUUAAAUAUGCUGUUGAAGCUGAUCCAUUAACAGUACUUAGUCAAGAGGAUUGUAGAUUAUUAUGGACUUAUAGAUCUUUAGUAAUGAAAACAAAACCCCGCUCUAUAGCGAGGUUAGUUUCUGCUGUUGAUUUUACUCAACAAAGUGAAGUAUUAGAAUUACAUAGAUUAUUAAAUAAAUGGCCAUUACUUGAACCAACACAUGCAUUAGAAUUAUUAGACUUUAGAUUUCCAGAUGAACAAGUAAGGUUAUUUGCUUUAAAAUGUUUAGAUGCAAUGAAAGAUUAUGAAUUAGUUAAUUUUCUUCCACAACUUGUUCAAGCAUUAAAAUUUGAAUUACACCAUCAAAGUAAUUUAGCAUAUUUUUUACUUAGAAGAGCAUUAAGAAAUAAAAAUAUUAUUGGACAUCAAUUCUUUUGGUUUUUAAAAGCUGAAAUGCAUGAUAAUAGAGUAACUGAACGAUAUGGAGUAUUAUUAGAGGCAUUUUUAAAUGGAUGUGAAGAUUAUAGAACUGAACUAUAUAAUGAAGUAACAUUUCAAAAUCAGUUAGUUGUUAUUGCUAAUAAAGUAAAACAAUUAGAAACAAAAGAAGAACAAAAACAAUUACUUAAAGAUUCAUUGGCAAAAUUAAAAUAUCCUGAAGAAAUGUCAUUACCAUUAGAUUCACGAUUUAGAAUAAAAAAACCAAUUCCAAAUACUGGAAAUGUAUUUAGUAGUAAAAAGAAACCACUUAUGUUGGUAUUAGAAAAUGUAGAUCCAUUAGGAGAUAAUAUUAUGGUUAUACAAAAAGUUGGUGAUGGAUCUUAG